UAGUUUACAAUGAAAACAUACGCUGUUAAACUUUCCGUGACACAACAAUAAAGAUGGAACAGUAUCCCAUUGUAUGGACCCUAUAUUUUUUGAUACUGAUACAGAGCAUACUGCAGAUCGACACGUCAAGGCCUCCGCUUCGGCCGAAUAAACUCGUAUCGUAUUCCCUGCCUCAGAAACGAGCGCUCAAGAAGGCUUUGGGGAUCAACGAGGAUGUCUACUUGAACUUCACAGAACUAACCGCCAAAUACGACUACCCAACAGAAGUGCAUACAGUGACAACCGCCGAAGGUUACAUUUUAAAAGUGUUCAGAAUAUUAUCAAAGUGCAGUGAAACUGAUAAACAGUACCCAGUGUUGUUGUUACAUGGUAUAUUUGAUACCACAGACUUGUGGGUAGUUCCUGGAACAAGGAAUGGUCUCGGAUAUGUGCUGGCUGAUAACUGUUACGACGUGUGGGCAGCUAACCACAGAGGCAACUAUUAUUCACGGAAACACGUCAAACUUGAUCCUGAUAAAGAUCAAGAGUAUUGGAAUUUCACUUUUGAUGAACAUGGGAACUAUGAUCUGCCUACAUUUAUAGACUACGUUCUUCGAAGUACUGGACACUCGAAGUUGUUCUUCGUAGGACAUUCUCAAGGCACAACUGAUUACUUUGUCCUGACUUCUAUGCAACCUGAAUACAAUGAUAAGAUAAGGUUGGCAGCAAUGCUGGGUCCUGUGGCUUGGAUGAAAAAUUUAAGACAUCCCAUAGCCCGCAUUGGUGCACAACAUUACAUGGCAAUAAAGGCCUUUUCGGAGAAUGCGGGUAUCAGUGAAAUAUUGGGUAGAGAGCAUUUAGUACAUUUCUUUCUAGAGUUUAUUUGUGGAUUAGUUCCCAGUUUUUGUGAUUUAGGGCUGUCUUUGUCAACUGGUUAUAAGCCAGGUUCGAUACCCCUCAAAGAUAUUUCUGUGGCUGUGGCCCACGAGUUAAGCGGUACUUCUGUUAAGAACUUGGCACAUUUUUCCCAGUUGAUUCUAAGCGGAAGAUUUCAGCGUUACGAUGAAGGUUCUGAAGGGAACUUGGAACGGUACGGUACUCGAAAGCCACCCCAAUAUAACGUGUCUCAGAUCACUUCACCAAUCUUGUUGAUAACUGCUCAAAGUGAUUUACUAUCAACACUGAAAGAUAUCGAUAUUUUAGCGCCUAAACUGCCUAAUUUAGUAGAAAACUACGUAGUGCCAGAACCUUAUUGGAGUCAUCAUAAUCACCUAUGGGAUUUAAAAGCACCUGACCUCGUGUUUUCGAAAAUUUUAGAGUAUUUCAACAAAUAUAGAGAUUAGCACAUUUGCGUAUCCUAUUUGAUUACGAUUAAUUAUUUAAUUUAUUAUAGGAAUUUCAUUUCAACCAAACAUUAUUUUUAUCGCUUAAACCGCGGAAGUGGAAAACUUUGGGGGAGCAUGUUUUCUGAAACGGUGGCGACGACGAUUAUUAUUUUUAUAGUGAUAGUAAGUGAAGUGAGUACAAUUGACAUACAAUUUUAGAAAUUCAAGUUCGCAAUACGUUAAUUUCAAAAUAAAUACCGAAUAUUUUAUAGGAAUUGAAAUAUUUACAACAUAGAUUUUUUCAAAAUAAUCGGAUGGCCACUACUUAAAUACUUCCUUAAAACCCGGAAAUAUAAUUAUGCUAAUACAUCAUCGAAUGGUUUUCAGAAACAUUAUUCAAAUUCAAACGGUAUUCUACAAUGACACGGAAUGUGUGUUUAGCGACAUUGAAUUAUUUAUUCAAGAUUUUGGCAAAAAUUUUAAAAACCUUCAUAAUUUAUUCAUCACUACACUUUACUUGUUUAAAAAAAUUUAGAGUAAUAGUAUUAACUUACAUUUUUCUUAAAGUCAAAAGGAUGAUAAGAAGCUUUAAUAAUACAAACAAAGGGUAGUAUAAUUCAUUUUCAUAAAAAAUGGAUUUACUCAUUAUUACCACUAUUUAUUUAAAUAAUAAUAUUUCAACUUAUUCUCUUCUUCAGGCCUACAAAUUAUUGAUCGAUGAUCUAACAGUUACGGCAGCAAGUCAUAAAGAAUAUUACCCAAUAUUCAAGUUCACGCAAGCAAAGCCGCAGGGCAUCUGCCCUGCGGCUAUAUGCGGGUAUAUGUAUAUGGCUUAUGUUAUAUACCUACAUAUACUGGCACUGUGACCGGAUUUCUCUAAUAACAAGUGUAGGCAGACUUGUAUUAUAUCGGAGAUGUUAAUAGACAAAUAUUGGUAUUACAUGAUCUAGCGUAAUGGCUAAAUUAAGGACAGAAAGUGAAAAUAUAGCCGGAGAGUAAAUCCGAAUUGAAAAUCUCUUUCCUUUUAGGAAGUCGGUUAACAAACGAUAUUUUUUUGUUUAUUUUUUUCAAGUUUAAGUUGCAUUUCAAGGGAUAAGGGCUGCGGAAUUUUGCGAAAGGGUUACCGCAUCCAAUUACUAAAUAAAGGGCUUCAGAGGAAACAUGAUGGAUUUUGGCAAGAGUAAGAGUCUGACACUCCCUCACGCUGCUAACUCACAGCGGAAAAAUUAUACAUACCUAACUAUUAAAAUUCCGUUUUGGUUAUAUUUAACACUGCUCGGAACAACGGCCUUAAAACAUAUUUGCGCAUUCAAUCGAGUUCACCUCUACUAGUGUGUGAACUUGAAAACUGCAUUAACGUCAGUUUCUUUAAUUUACUUCCCAAAACUAUAAUUAGCAUUUAAAAUUCCUUUAAUUAAAGGUACAAGAAGGUUACGUUGAUAAAUAAGUAGGUUCAUGCAUUGCAACCAAAAUAAAUCUAGUCAUCUUAGAAUUAAGCUGAAAAUAAAUGUUUUGUUCAUGUC